AUGCGCCAGCACGUUCCGGCUCCAAGGCAGAUCCCCUGGAUUGUCAUGUCCGAUGGCUCGUUCCUCACACCUUCGGACGUUGCCGGCACCUCGCCCGCGCGCAUCCCCUCCUUGCCCAGGAACGCGAGAUGCGUAGCCUCGGCUGAUAGUUGGCUCCUUCUCGACCGCACGGAUGUCAGGAAGAAGAUGCAUAGCUACUUCUUGCAUGAUCCCUUCACCAACACGACUGUGCCGCUCCCAGAGCUUGACGCUGUGAUCGGCCAUGCUUCUGAGCUUUUCGGGGUCCACAAACUGCGUAUGCGGACGACCCCUUACGACAUCAUAGUCGUCAUGACCAAUAAUUGGAAUUAUCCUAUCAUCUUGAUCCGGCCAGGGAAGGGUGUGUGGUUGCCUAAGCCACAAACUGCUCCCUUCAUCUACAUCGUCGACACUGCAUUUCUUGGAGACAAGCUAUAUGGAAUCACUCACGCCGAGGAUCUUGUCUCUUUUGGUAUAGAUUUCGACAACAAAGGCGUACCCACCAUCACAACUAUCGAGCGCCUCAUCAGGCACCCACCGAGAAAUUAUUGGUUCAAAGUGUGGAGCGAUGAUAAUGGAAAUUUUGACUCCGCGAACAAUGAUACGGGAAAUAUAGAUGAGGUCGCCAAUAAUGAGGAACAGAGUAAAGAGGACACCAUAGAGCAACGCCGGAAGAAAACCGGCGAUGACAUGAUUCUUGAAGGCAUUACUGCUUGGUCGGAUGAUGAGGAUGAAGUUAGGGACCACUGGUACUUAGUCGAGUCAUGUGGAAAACUAUUAAUGGUGAUACGACAAGUUCGAGUGCCCUCCUAUAAUAUCAGCUCCACUCUCAAGGUAGAGGUUUAUGAGGCGGAUGCCUGCAAAGGUGCCCACUGCUGGGUGCCGAUUGUUGGUGGGCUAGGCAGCCAAACGCUUUUCAUCAGCAGAUUCUUCUGCAAGUCUAUUUCAACUUGUGAUGAGGCGGACCAAGAUGCUAUUCAUUUUAUCGACACGGGGGAGAAAUACAACAUGAAGUCACAAGCUAUAAGCAAGACAUGGAGGGACAUUGAAUACUUUGAGUACAUGUGGAUCUUUUCUCCCGAGCUAGUGGUUUAA